AUGGCUAUGCAAAGUUUCACUGAGAAAAUUGUGAAUUUGAUGAAAAGUGAAAAUUUGCUUGAGUCCCAAGGUGGCCCCAUCAUACUUUCUCAGAUUGAGAAUGAGUAUGGGCCACAAGGUAAGGCAUUUGGAGCUGCUGGUCAUCAGUGCAUAACUUGGGCUGCAAAUUUGGCGGUCGGGUUGGGUACAGGAGUUCCCUGGGUAAUGUGCAGGGAAGAAGAUGCCCCAGAUCCAGUGAAUUCAUGGAGGGAUGGGCUACAUACAAGUAUAACCUCCCUGAGCUGGGGUGAUUGAAUCUAGCUGCUCAUUUAAUGUUCUCGCCAUUUUCUCUGGUUGUCACAAGCAGAAAUACUUGAUUCGGCGAAGCUGAGGUUUUCAGCGAUUUGUUCCAGCUUGGAGAAUUAGGCAGCAAAGGUUUUUUAAUUGAGUGAGUUGGAAAUGGAAUGGUGGACAUGAUGGGCAAUGCUUGGAUAGAUGAU